ACCACGUGUAUUUCCGGUUCAUGUCUGAUGAAAUUUCUAUUUUUCCCGCAAACUUUCUCCUUUUUUCUUAAUGAAAAUGAAGCUAUAUACCGACAAGGGUAAUUCAAAUACCCUUAAGCUGCUUGCUGCAGCCGAAGAAGGCGGAAUCAAACUGGAAGUUAUCGAGAAAAAGCAUGGUGAAAAAGUAGUUCCUUACCUGACUGCAAAUGUGUUACCAGUGUUAGAAGUGUUCCCUGGAAAGUUCUUAUUUUCUCCAAAUUCUGCAACUAGAUAUAUUUCAAAUAAAAAAGCAGAAGAAACUGAUGCUGAUGUAGAUAGAUGGUUAGAGUGGGAGAGUUCACAGCUACAGCCAGUUUUAUAUCCAUACCUUGUGAGUGUUAUUGGCUCAGGGAAACCAGAGACUGGAUUACUAAUACAUAUACAAACGCUACUGAAAUCAUUGAAUGGAGAAUUAAAAGGCAAGAAAUUUCUGGCAGAGAUUGGUCUUACAGCUGCAGAUUUUGUUCUUUGGGGUUCACUGUACCCACUUCUUGCUGGAAAAUUUGUGUUAAAAGGUUGGGAAGGUUUAUAUCCUAAGAUAAAAACUUGGUUUACUACAAUGUGUGAUUUGCCAUCUUGCCAAAAAGCUGUCACAUUAGUCAUAACAAAUGGUGAUACAGCUUCAUUGAAGGAGUCAUUACUGUCACAGCCUGCACCACUACCUCUUCCUCAUCUGAAAAAUAUUGAAAAACUAGAAAAAGUGAAAGUUGAUGAUAAAGUGAAAGUGAAAGUAGAGAAAGCAGCUGAACCAGAAGAAAUACAGGUAAUAUCACAAAAAGCUGUCACAAAGGAAGAGUUGUCAGCAGCUGUAGAUGCAUGGAAUUUUGGGAAGAGUAAAUGUCCCAAGCCACAGCAACGUAAACAUCCAAUAUUGCCCAAGGAAGGUCAAAGGAACAUACUUAUUACUAGUGCUCUGCCAUAUGUUAACAAUGUGCCACAUCUGGGUAAUAUUAUUGGUUGUGUACUUAGUGCUGAUGUCUUCUCUAGAUAUUGUAGACUGAGAGGAUAUAACUGUUUAUAUAUUUGUGGUACGGAUGAAUAUGGGACUGCUACAGAGACUAAGGCCAUUGAGGAAAAGCUAACGCCACAACAGAUCUGUGAUAAAUAUAACAAGUUGCAUACAGAAAUCUAUGAUUGGUUCAAUAUUGACUGUGAUUAUUUUGGUAGGACAACAACUAAGGAACAGACAAGUAUAGCACAGGAUAUAUUUUGGAAGUUAUACAAUCAAGGAUAUAUAUUGAAGGACAGCAUUGAUCAACUUCAUUGUACAGCUUGUGAUAGGUUUUUAGCUGAUAGAUUUGUAGAAGGCACAUGCCCACUUUGUGCAUAUGAAGAUGCCCGUGGAGACCAGUGUGACAAAUGUGGAAAAUUAAUUAAUGCUGUAGAUCUACGCAACCCUAAGUGUAAACUAUGUAAAGCUACACCUGUCAUCAAAAGUACUCAACAUUUAUUCUUAGAUUUACCGAAGAUUGAACCACAGCUGCAGAAACAUCUAGACAAAGUAUUCAAAUCAGGCACAUGGACUAAUAACGCCAAAGUGAUAACAAGCUCAUGGAUACGAGAUGGACUAAAGCCUAGAUGUAUCAGCAGAGAUCUAAAAUGGGGAACACAAGUACCAUUGUCAGGGUACACUGACAAGGUGUUUUAUGUAUGGUUCGAUGCACCCAUUGGAUAUAUUUCAAUAACAGCCAAUUACACAGAUCAAUGGGAGAAAUGGUGGAAGAAUCCAAACAAGGUUGAUAUGUAUAAUUUCCUUGGUAAAGACAACGUUCCAUUCCAUUCUGUCAUAUUCCCAUGUACAAUGCUAGGAGCUAAUGAUAACUACACAGUUGUCAAACACAUGAUAGCUACAGAGUACCUGAACUACGAAGAUGGCAAAUUUUCCAAAAGUCGUGGAACAGGUGUGUUUGGAAACCAAGCUAAGGACACAGGGUUACCUGCUGAUAUCUUUAGAUUUUACUUACUGUAUGUCAGACCAGAAUCACAGGAUAGCAGCUUCAGUUGGGACGAUUUCUUGUUGAAAAAUAAUAGUGAACUUCUAAACAAUCUUGGAAACUUCAUUAACAGGGGAUUGAAGUUUCUUAGUGACAACUUUGGUGGAGUUAUCCAAGAAAUGAAUCUUAGAGAUGAAGAUAAGGAGCUGUUAGCCCUAAUAAACAGAGAGUUACAAACCUACAUCGAUAAUAUGGAACAGGCAAUAUUGAGAGACUCUAUACGUAACAUAAUGAGUAUAUCCAGAUUAGGGAACCAGUUUAUGCAGUCCAACAAACCAUGGGUCUUAGUUAAAGGAGGUGCAGAGGACAAGUCAAGAUCAGGAACAGUUGUUAGUUUAGCUGUCAACAUUGCCAAUCUUUUGUCAGUGUUACUACAGCCGUAUAUGCCAGAGACAAGUCAGACUAUACAGACACAGUUAAACACACCAUCAGACUCUAAUGUAGUGUAUAGAGAAUUUGUAUGCCACCUGCCACCCGGGCAUAAAAUUGGAAAGCCAAGUCCUUUGUUCCAGAAAAUAGAAGCUUGUAAAAUAGAGGAAUUUAAAAAGAUGUUUGCUGGACAGCCAGCCCCUGAGACAAAGGCAAAAAAGGGGGAGAAAACAGCUGUUUCUGGCCCUGCGGCCAAUGGUCCUAUGAACAAUGCAGAAGUAGAAAGGUUAACAGAUGAAGUUACUAAACAGGGUCUUGUUGUAAGAGAUUUAAAAUCUAAGAAAGCAGAAAAGUCUGUGAUUGAUUCUGAAGUUGCUAAAUUGCUGGAUCUGAAAAAGAGUUUGGCAUUGGCUCAAGGUCAAAACCCUCAAGAAGCUGUUGGUGGCGGAAAGAAGAAAGGAAAAAAGAAGUAAUAGACAGAUUUUAAGUGAUUGAUUUAUUUAUUGGAACCUAAGCUGUCUGUGAAUAAAAAUUGCAAAAAAAGCAAAA